AUUAAAUGUAUCUGUUGAGUAAAAAAAUGAGAUGAAAGCAUAAGAAGCUUCGCGUAAGAGGAAACGAUUACCUGGGCUAUGAGCUGAGCUAAAAGAGAAUCCGAAUGAAUAAUCUUUCAUUCUCAAUGAAAAAAGCGGGCCAACAGCGUCGGUCCACGCCAUUUCCGUGACUAAUCGCCUUCUUUUUGUAUUCUUUCUUCGGGGGAUUUUCGAAAAUACCUCGAUUCAGGAUCAUACUUCAACUGCAUCAUGUUCAUGGUGGCGAGCAGCGUCGUGUUGACCGUUCUGGUACUCAACUAUCAUCACAGAUCGCCCGAUAGAUACGUGAUGCCAAAUUGGGUGAAAAUACUGUUUCUGCAAUGGCUGCCGUGUGUGUUGCGCAUGAGUCGGCCGGGCAAGAAGAUCACGAAGAAGACCAUUCUCAUGAGUAAUCGUAUGAAGGAACUGGAGCUGCAGGAGAGGAGCAGUAAGAGUUUACUGGCGAACGUUUUAGACAUCGACGACGAUUUUCGCCAUGGAAACAGCGCCGCUAAUCCUGCCUCAGGCUAUAUAAGUAGGUCGGCGUACGGCACACCGUUGUCGGCCAGACCGGCGACAGUCGAAGAGACUUCGGCAUCGUUGCCCCUCAGCGGUAUGCAGAGGGAACUUCACACAAUUCUCAAGGAAUUGCAGUUCAUCACUAGCCGCAUGAAAAAGUCGGACGAGGACGGCGAGGUCAUUAGCGACUGGAAGUUCGCCGCCAUGGUGGUCGACAGGCUUUGUCUGUUCAUCUUCACGUUAUUCACGGUUUUGGCCACGGUGGUGAUACUGUGUCGUGCGCCACACAUAAUCGUCCAGUAAUAGACUGCCCCGGUCGAACCGAAAAAAAACAUGCACAAAAAAUGCCAGGGAUAGCGCCUCCUGGAAUUUGGAACGACAUCCGAUUCGAGGAGGCGGCUACGAGGAGCGCGUCGAAGUGACGGGAAAGCGCAGAGAAAGAAAGACGGACUCAUUAGCCCCUUUCGCGCCCUUCUGCGCAACUCACCCCUUACGGGAACAAGAGAACGUUCUCUCGUUUUCGGAUUUCUCACGCUGGAAAACGCCGGGUUGUGCCGCCCGGUUUCUUUUCGCGCGACGUGCUUUCACUUAGGCGAUAUAAUAGGGCUAGCAAAAGAGUGAGACCACCAACAACGUUCACGAGAGAAGCAACGGAGGAGAUGUUGGACACGCGGCAGCGGUGGCGGACCUCCUCGUCUUUCGAAACGGGGAGAGAGAAACACGCAUGCUUGGCAAGAAAGAAAAGAGAAAAUAAUGCUUCCGGAAUUUUGGAGAAGAGAAGAAAACGAAGAGGAAGGGAACAAGGACCCGAUCGCCGAUCAUCACGCUUCGUUGCGGCUGCGUUCUUUCGUUUUAAGUGACUUAAUUAACUAGUUCUACAGUGCGAAACCGGUAGGUAAUGAUGCGACGCGACGCGAGCUGGACGAAGAUUUAGAGGCCAUCUCUAAAUCGUAAUUAAAAAGGAAGAAGGUAGGUGCAGACGAGAGUAAGAAAGAGAGAGGACGCGCUGCCAAGUGAGUCUAAAUGCGCGUAAAAUCGCGGGGCUCUCGCCGAUCGUCGAUUCCGAUCGACGAUCGCCGAUCGAUCUUCCUUCGGCGAUCGGGAUCGAUUUCGAGCUUCGUCGAGCGAUGCGAUUUUUCGCGGAUAACGCGAUAAGUGGACGCGCGACGGAGAACGAUCUGAUGAACACAUAUGGGCAAAUCGCGAGAGAAGGAGAGAUGAUCGCGCAGUCCUCGGAAGAGCGUUGUUGCGGCCUUUCGAUAAUAGUAACAAUAACGAUAUAAUAAAAAUAUUUCUUAUAAUAAUAAAAAUAAUAAUUAACGAUAUAAUUGACUGUUAGUCGCUUUGCGCGCGCGCGCGCGCGCUCGCACGCACGCGCGUUACGACUGAGUCGUAAUUAAUUAACGCCGCGAUCUGUUGAGGGUCUCUCGUGGGGAGCCGAGACGGAUUUUCAAAUAACUGCCAAAUAUUAAGAAAAACAAACUCGAGUCAGGGGUGUUCAACCUUCUCUCAAAACGGUGGGAAAGUAAAAAGUGCGGCCUGGACGAUCGACAGGGUGAACGCGCGCGGCGCCGUGACCAAAUGACGAGAGCCGAGACGAAUGGCGACCCGUGUUCGCCGUUUGUUUCGCGUUCGACGAGGAUCCUAUAAUACAUAUAUAUAUACAAUAUAUUUUCCCUCUAUAUACAAAUCCGCGGUUCAGCCGUGCGUUUCUCCAAAGGCGGGCCCUCCCUUUUCCUUUCCCCUAUCCACGGAUUACGCGAAGUCUAAUAAACUUGCGCCACCACCGAUCGCACGAUCGACCCUCCACGCUCGAUAUAUUUUUCCACGUUCUCCCACGUUAUAAAAAGCCCUCCUGUCUCGAAAUGCGUAAGGGAUUCCUUCGCACUUCCGCAAAACCCGCCAAUAUUAUCACACCGCGUGUAUUAUUUCUUGGUGCGUGCGUGUAUUACUUCCUGGUGCGUGUGCGUGUGCAUGUGCGUGUGCGUGUGUGUGUGUGCGCGCGCGUGUAUGCGCGAGUGUAUGAAUGUGUGAGUGUAUAUCUGUGUGUAUGGCUCUGUGGAUGCGUGGGUGUAUGUAUCGGACACGCGAAAAAUAUACAAGCGCACAAAAGAGCGGUCGCUUAUUUAGUCGAUCGGCGAAAGAGGAUCGAUCGAUCGAUCGGCCGCCCAUUCGUCCGAGGAUCGUGCAAGCCGCAUGAGAGCCGCGUACGAAAAAAAAAAAAAAAAAAACGCGCGGCGUAAC